AUGAAUAAAUCCAACCCUGUGUGGAAGUUUACAACCUUCCAGGGAUUUAUGGAGAUACUGGGAACAACAGUGGUAGUGCAUUAUGAUGCUGGAGAGUUUGGAGGUGGGGGUGUGGGGGUGGCGGGGAGUUUGGGGGUGCAGGGCCCAGGGCCCCCCUUCGGGCCCAGGAGCACAGACCUCACAGAAACAGAUGAUGGACUACGUAUCAUCCACCUCAACCCACCAUGCUCUCCUAUACUGAAUCCUCUGGCCAGUCAGGCAGCGGUGGCAGCAGCGGCCAUGAGCUCCAUUGCCGGCUCCCAGGUGUUCGGCAGCCCCCUCUCCAACCUGCAAGGUGUCACGGGACAGUUGGUCACCAAUGCGCAAGGGCAGAUAAUUGGAACAAUUCCACUGAUGCCCAACUCCGCAGGGUCCUCCAGCCAAUCAGGGACUGGAAACCCAGCGUUGCAGGUCCAGCCAAUCACACCUCAGCUUCUGACUAACGCCCAGGGCCAGAUCAUCGCCACAGUGAUCGGCAAUCAGAUCCUGCCUGUCAUCAACACCCAGGGAAUCACACUGUCGCCAAUCAAGCCAGGACAACAGCUGCCCCAGGGCCAGCAGAAUCAGACAGCAACAUCUCAACCUGGCCUUCUCCACAUGCCCCACAGUCAGAGCCCACUCCGGCAGGCCUCUUCCUCCUCCUCCUCCUCCUCUUCCUCCUCAGCUCUCAGUGUGGGUCAGCUGGUCAGCAACCCCCAGACGGCCCCCAGCGAGGUUGAUGGGGUCAACCUGGAGGAGAUCCGAGAAUUCGCCAAAGCUUUCAAGAUCCGACGCCUCUCCCUGGGCCUGACCCAAACCCAGGUGGGGCAGGCACUGAGUGCUGCUGAAGGCCCCGCCUACAGCCAGUCUGCCAUCUGCAGACACACCAUCCUGAGAAGCCACUUUUUCCUACCACAGGAAGCCCAAGAGAACACUAUAGGUAGCAGUCUGACAGGCAAACUGAACCCUGGCCUUUUAUACCCUGCCAGGUUUGAGAAGUUGGACAUCACCCCAAAAAGCGCCCAGAAGAUUAAGCCCGUUCUGGAGCGCUGGAUGGCCGAGGCAGAGGCCCGCCACCGAUCCGGCAUGCAGAACCUGACCGAGUUUAUCGGUAGCGAGCCUUCGAAAAAACGGAAGAGGAGGACCUCUUUCACCCCACAGGCGCUGGAGAUCCUCAACAGCCACUUUGAGAAGAACACACACCCCUCUGGACAGGAAAUGACGGAAAUAGCAGAGAAACUGAACUAUGACAGGGAAGUGGUACGCGUCUGGUUUUGCAACAAGAGGCAGGCUUUGAAAAACACAAUAAAGCGAUUGAAACAGCCCGAUCUCGGCCCUGCAGCACCUAUGGACCCACUCUCUGAUUCUCUAGAGGAGCUCCCAAAAUGA